UGCUUCUCAGGAGCAAAGACCCAUCCAGCAUGUCCGCCACGAGUGGAGACCGACGAAAUCUUGCCAUUGGGAUUUUGGGAUAAUGUCGAUGUGUUUAAGUUCAUGAUGGUGUGGACACUGCGCUUCGACGACGUGCUCAACGCCAGCAAGCUCAACGACUCACUAUGGCGGUUAAUUGAAAUUGAUGGCUGGAGGAAACUGGGCGGCCGUUUGAGGAUGAAUGAAUCCAAAAAACUCGAACUUCAUAUCCCCAAAGAGUUCACCCCUGAACGCCCAGCAGUACGCUUCACACACGUUACCUUCACUGUGCCCAUCGGAGACCACCCCCUUGCCAGCCAGCUCCCCAAGGCGACGUUGGACAGUCAUAAACCAACCAUGUCCCUAGGCAGCGACAAGUUCCUCCCCCUUGCUGUGAGGGAAGGUACUCCCAGAACCGUCGAGGAUCUGCUAUACAGCGACUGCCCACAGCUAUCUCUGCACGUCACCUCAUUUACCAACGCCACACUCGUCCACCUUGUGGGGCCCCACACCCUCUUCGACGGCAUGGGAACACACAUGUGCGUGCGUGCCUGGUCGGCGGUCCUAGCGGGGAAGAUACACCAAGUCCCGCCCAUGUCAGGCGGCACCUCGGAUCCAGCAGCCAGCCUCGGCCUCGGGUCCGAACCCGAAAAAGCUGCAAAAGCCACCGAGGAGCCGUAUCUCCUCGCCUCCAAACAACUCAAAGGCCUCAAACUCUUCCACUUCACCCUGCGCAGUCUCUGGGACAAAUUCCGUCGCCCCAACGUCGAAACUCGCACCAUCUGCAUCCCCUCCUCUCUCUUACAGACUCUGCAAGCCCAAGCCAAACAAGACCUAGAGAAACAAGUCGGCGAGAAAUCUGAAAUCCCCUUCGUCAGCGAGGGGGAUGUCCUCAUCACGUACCUGACCCUACUCAUUGCCCGCGCGCAGUCCCGUCCUCGCCCCCUGACGGUAUACAAUGUGAUCGAAGUCCGCAGUCGGCUAAAGUCUGUUUUUGCUGAGGGGAGUGCAUACGUGCAGAACCUCGCCUUUGGCGCUGUGACUUUGUUGUCUGCGUCGGAAGCCAGUAAUUUGUCGUUAGGUGUCAUCGCUGCCAAGAUUCGUGAGUCCAUCGCUACGCAGUCGACCGAGGCGCAGCUCAUGGCAUUCAUCCACCUGAUGCGCCAGGAGCUCGAUAGAACGGGAAAAUUUCUAGUUGUGUCCGAGCCGGAUGCUAUGAUGGUCGUUUUUACGAAUUGGCAGAAAGCGCGGUUCUUUGACGUGAUUGACUUUAGUCCUGCGGUUGUGAGGACGGGGGAUACAUCCAAGAGGAGGGUUACGCCUAGCGGGAAGAUUUCGUAUCAUCACUGUGAGUCCUUGAGUGAGAAUAGUCAGUUUAGGAAUGCUGUGAUUGUGCUGGGGAAGGACCAUGGAGGGAAUUAUUGGUUGAGUGGCGCGCUGAAUCCG